CGUAACCCUCUACUUCUCAUAAGGUAACACCAAAUACGACAACCAAAAUGGAGAAGCUUGCUACCACGGUUUCGAUUUGCUGCUUACUUUUGUUCCUGUCUUUACCAGUGAUGUCUCGAGAAGUUGAAGAUGAGAGAGAGUUUAGUUACGAGGAAGAGAGCGAGAACGGACCGUCUCAUUGGGGAGACAUACACCCUGAAUGGAGUGCGUGCAACAAUGGAUCCAUGCAGUCACCGAUUGAUCUACUGAAUGAAAGGGUUGAAAUAGUAUCCCAGUUAGGGAGGCUUCAGAUGAACUACCAACCCUCCAAUGCCACUAUUAGGAAUAGGGGCCACGAUAUCAUGCUAGAAUGGGUUUCUGGCGCAGGUUAUCUUCAAAUUAAUGAAACUAAGUACGUACUCAAUCAAUGUCAUUGGCAUUCUCCCUCUGAACACACCAUAGAUGGCAAAAGGUUUGAUCUAGAGUUACACUUGGUGCACGAAACUCCAUCUGGACAAACAACUGUGAUAGGAAUACUGUACAAGAUUGGAAGACCAGACUCUUUUCUGUCAUCGUUAACGAGUCAUAUAAAGAACAUUUCUGAGACCACGGAAGCAGAAAGAGUGGUGGGUGUAGUUGACCCUAGGCAAAUCAAAAUAUUUUACAAGCAGUAUUACAGGUAUAUGGGUUCGCUCACAAUUCCUCCUUGCACUGAGAAUGUUUCUUGGACCAUUGUUAAAGAGAUACGAUCCGUUUCAAAGGAACAGGUUAGAUUGCUUCGAGCCGCUGUUGAUGAUGAAUCAGAAAGUAACGCAAGGCCACUGCAGUUAAUAAAUAACCGCUUGCUGCAACUUUAUCGGCAAAAAUAUAUUAAACAUUGAAAUUCAGGACAUUUUCCAGUGCAAUCCUGACAAAAGUUGACUUCUGAUUGGUCGGAGCGUGAAUGCAGUCAUACCUGGCCCAAGCCUUUAUUUUUAUUUUUCUUUAUAAUUUUUU